CUUCGCCGUUCUCUGGAAAUGUCCGCCAUGUUUUUUAUGGCGCAGGGAGCGGAUCGACCGAGGGGAAAACCGGUUUAAAUCCAGUCACAUUCGACGGAAAAUGGCUUCUCACGCCGGAUUGCGAGGCAACGGGAGCCCGUCGGUUGGACGGCGGUGAAAAGCGAGCGCUCACCCGUCGCCGUUCGAGAGAAUUCGGCCGGGAUUCAUGUUCCUUUCGCACGCCGCGCUAGCGAGAUAGGCGACGACAAUGAGCAAACUCUCGUUCCGAGCGCGAGCGCUAGACGCCGCCAAACCUCUCCCUGUGUACCGCAACAGAGACCUCCCGGACCUGGGCGACUGCGUCUCCAUCAACCGGACCGUGCCGCAGAUGCCCACAGGCAUGGAGAAGGAAGAGGAGUCGGAGCACCACCUGCAGAGAGCCAUCUCAGCACAGCAGGUGUUCAGGGAGAAGAAGGAAAACAUGGUCAUCCCGGUACCCGAGGCCGAGAGCAACGUCACCUACUACGACCGCCUGUACAAGGGCGAGUUCAGGAUCCCCAAGCAGCUCAUACACAUUCAGCCGUUAAGUCUGGACAACGAGCAGCCCGAUUACGACAUGGACUCGGAGGAUGAAACGCUCCUGAACAGAAUCAACCGAAAGAUGGAGUUAAAGCCGAUCCAGUUUGAAACCAUGGUGGACAGGUUGGAAAAGGCCAGUACAAACCAGAUUGUGAGUUUUCAAGAGGCUAAACUGCUGCUGAAUGAAGACGACUACCUUCUGAAGUCAGUGUACGACUACUGGGUGCGGAAAAGGAAGAAUUGUCGGGGGCCUUCGCUCAUCCCGCAGGUCAAGCAGGAGAAGAGAGACGGUUCUACCAACAACGACCCCUACGUGGCCUUCCGCCGGCGCACGGAGAAGAUGCAGACACGCAAGAACCGCAAGAAUGACGAGGCCUCCUAUGAGAAGAUGCUGAAGCUCAGGAGGGAGUUCAGCAGGACCAUCACUAUCCUUGAAAUGAUCAAGCGGAGAGAGAAGUCCAAGCGAGAACUGCUGCACCUCACCCUGGAGGUGGUGGAGAAGAGAUACCAGCUUGGUGACUUUGGAGGAGAAAUCCUUAAUGAAGUUACUGUCCCUCGGACCGAGAAGUCCAUCUGUAACACUCCAGUAUCGCUGCCUAAUGGGAAUCAUCACAAAAUAGAACGUAAAGUGAAGCCUCAGCACCAUAUUUCAGUUAAAGAUGAACUGCAUUUUGACUUUGUUCGACCAAAGAAGAAAUACCCAAAGAAAGUGAAACUGGACACGUUUGCGCAGCCGCGCACCGAUCGACAGUCGGCCAUCAACAAGUGCGACAUCAAGCAGUAUGACUUUCACAGCUCCGGGGAGGAGGACUACCCACAGGUUCAGUCUCCCCUCUCGGAACCGGAUGAGGAGACCGAUCCUGACGGGCACUUUGCUUUCAGACGCAAAGCGGAAUGCCAGUACCAGGCUCCCCUGGAGGAGCAGCACUGCAGCGUCCUGUGGCAUCACCCCGAGCUGGCUGGGUUGGAGGCACUGCAUCACCGACACUGUCUCACGGUGCUCUCCGUGCCCCCCCGCUGCGUGGGCCUAGCCCGCCGGAGGGUGGGCCGUGGCGGCAGGGUGAUUCUGGAUCGGGCGUCCUCAGAACACGACCACUUCCUGAAGCAGCUGGAGCUGGACGCGUCCGUUUCCGGUGCCAGCAGCAGAUCUUCGGACAUCACGGACACUUCCAGGUUUACCAGCGCUUCCAGAGCCCUGCCGGGCCGGGCCGGCUCGCUCCAGGACAUUCUAAGCAAUAUUAAGGCCUGCCGGUGGAAAUUGUUCCGACCGCAGCCUAAAGCGCCGAAGGACAAUGAGCAUGAGAGUGAGACGAGCAAAGCAGGACCGGCUGUGAACGCCGGUCUCUCUGCAGCCACUGUGACUCUGCUGAACACGUCCAAAAACGGAAUUUCAGGUUGCAUCACAGAGCAGCAGUUCCAGAACCACCAGCAGCAGCUGGUGCAGAUGCAGAAGCAACAGUUGGCUCAGCUGCAGCAGACACAGCCAUCGGAACGACCAGCACAGCCCCGGCACCCCAGCACACAGGUAAGGGGCCCUUCCGGUCCCACUUCGAAGACCCUUGAUUCAGCCAGCGCCCAGUUUGCUGCGUCCGCUGUGGUCAGUUCUCCCCAGACCAGCAGGGAGGGCAAGUUGCAUGCUGCCAGUGUCAAUGGUGUUCUGCACACUUCAGGGACCUCAAAACCUUUUCAUACGACCAGCGUGACCCUGAGCAACGGGCAGGUGCAGCUUUUGCGGACGGUUCCCAGCAGCGUUGGCGUUAGCGGAGGCUCAAGCCAGCUCCUUCCCACGCUCUACACUGCGUCGCACCAGUCCCUGCCAGGACCCGGCACCACCCACCUCAGCGGCGUCACCGUGGUGUCCCCCGUGCACCUGCCCCUGGGCGUCCGCAACUCCGCCCCUUCCCCGUCUGCCUUAAAGCUGGCCACUGUGGCCACCACCCUGGACCGCGUGGCCAAGGUCACACCCAGCAGCGCCAUCGGGAGCUUAUCCAGGGAGACAAACGAGCCUGAGAGACUGGCUCUGAACGGGAUAUCAGAGACCACAGUGGCCAUGGAGGUGACAUAACCCUGAGGGAGAACCGUGGUAAACCGUGGGACAAGCGACCGUGGUCUAGCCGGCAUCGGAGUGAAUGGAAAUGGGGGUUCGUCUGUGUAGAGGAGCAUUUCCACUGACCUGUCCUCAAGUGCAGCAUAUGAGCGCGUCACAUUUGUCUACAUAUGCGUACAUAUAUAUGUACACUUGUACAUUUUGUAAAACUGGGAAUAUCACUACUUUGUAAAAUAGUACAUUUGUAUCAUUAGUAUGUUACUUCUGUUACUUGAAGUCUAGGCACCUUGUGCUUUUGCACUUGGAAAUGCAAAAUGAGUGGAGAGGGUUUCAUGUGCACCAGUUCAAGGUUCAUGCGCAUGACGGAAGAUCCAGCAUCCAGUUGUUUUAACUAUUUAUUUUGCCAUGUUUACAUUUUGUAUCUUGUACAGACAAAUAUGAUUUUUGUGUCUAUGAAACAUGGAGAUUGGUAACAGUUCUUGUACUUUUUUCUAAAAACAAAGUAGUUCACAUGAAUGGAUUUAGGUUUCACUGAUCAGAUGUAUUGGAUAUGUAGUUCA